GUGGUUAUGGCGGUGUGUGCCCGGCUGUGCGGGGUGGGCCCGGCCCGCGGGUGCCGCCGGCGGGGAGCGGCGCGGGAGCAGCGGCGCGGCGGGGCCGGGGACAGCGAGCCGGACACCGACACCGACCCCGAGGAGGCGGGCGGCGGCGGCUCCGAGGAGGACGAGGAGGCGGCGGAGCGCAUCGAGGGCGGGCGGCCCCUGCCGCACCCCGCCGAGGCCGGCUCGGCUGGACGGGCCCCGCUGUCCAUCCUGGAGCUGCCCCCUGAGCUCCUAGUGCAGAUCUUCGGCUCCCUGCCCGGUACCGACCUACCCAGCCUGGCCCGUGUCUGCACCACCUUCCGCCGCAUCCUCCGCACUGACACGAUCUGGCGGCGGCGCUGCCGCGAAGAAUAUGGGGUCUGUGAAAACCUGCGGAAGUUGGAGAUCACAGGAGUGUCCUGUCGAGAUGUUUAUGCCAAGCGUAUAAACCCACGAGUGAAGUCGGGGCGUUUUAUGAAAAUCCUUCCCGACUACGAGCACAUGGAGUACAGAGAUGUUUACACCUGCCUGCUGCACCGAUACCGACACAUCCUGGGGUUAUGGCAGCCGGACAUUGGGCCCUAUGGGGGACUGCUGAACGUGGUGGUAGAUGGUUUGUUCAUCAUAGGGUGGAUGUACUUGCCACCUCAUGACCCUCAUGUUGAUGAUCCAAUGAGGUUCAAACCUCUCUUCAGGAUUCAUCUCAUGGAGAGGAAGGCUGCAACAGUUGAGUGUAUGUAUGGUCAUAAGGGACCUCAUAAUGGCCAUAUCCAGAUUGUAAAGAAGGAUGAGUUCUCCACGAAAUGCAACCAGACAGACCACCAUCGGAUGUCAGGGGGAAGACAAGAGGAGUUCCGGACAUGGCUACGGGAAGAGUGGGGUCGAACUCUGGAAGACAUCUUCCACGAACACAUGCAAGAGCUCAUUUUAAUGAAGUUCAUCUACACCAGCCAAUAUGACAACUGCCUGACAUACCGACGCAUCUACCUCCCUCCUAGUAGCCCUGAUGACCUUAUAAAGCCAGGUCUCUUCAAAGGAACCUAUGGGAGCCAUGGGCUGGAGAUUGUCAUGUUGAGCUUUCAUGGGAAGAAAGCAAAGGGGACUAAAAUCACUGGAGAUCCCAACAUCCCGGCUGGACAGCAGACUGUGGAGAUUGACCUGGCACAUCCUCUGCACCUGCCUGACAUUGAGAACCUUCGUGAUUUCAGUGAGCUCUCUCGCAUUGUCCUGGAGGUCCAGGAGCAGGUGCGUCGGGAAGAGCAGGAACAGGAACACCGGCAGGAGGAAGAGGACCCUUCCCAGCCUGCUGCAAAGCCCUUGGGAGGAGAAGGUGCCGAGGGGGAAGACACUGCAGCAGGAGCGGAGGGGUCAACCCAGGACAAGGCACCAGCUUCCCAGCCCUUCGUGCUGCCCAUAGGAGUCAUAUCGAGGAAUGAAGACUACCCCCGGACCUGCCGAAUUUGUUAUUAUGGGACGGGGCUUAUUGCUGGCCACGGCUUCACCAGCCCCGAGCGAACACCAGGUGUGUUUGUUCUCUUCGAUGACGACCGCUUCGGAUUCAUCUGGCUGGACCUCAAGUCCUUCAGUCUCUACAGCCGGAUCAAGGUGGCCUUCCAGAACGCUGAAGCACCUUCCCGUGAGGCUUUCGAUGAAAUGCUGAAGAACAUUCAGUCACUGGCUACUUGACGGGUAGUGGUGGACAGGGCUAGGGGUUGCAAAGGCUGCUGCACUCCCCCAGCCAGAGCUUAGAUGGGGAUUCCUUGCUCUUGGUACCUCUGAAGAAAAGCAUGCACUUUUAAUGAAGCCUUUUUACCCCAAAUGUA